AUGGUUUCCUCAAACGACGUGCAACGUCUCUUUCUUCAGGCAGUCAUUUCGCGUCGCGUACUCUCGUAUAAACUUGCGCAUACAGUCUGGUUGAAAUGUAUAGACGCCGUAAAAGAGACAGUGCAAAUCCCUGUCCCGCGUGCUGAGGACAGGGCAGCAUGGGACGCCUUCGUCGCAAAAGUGAACGACUCCUUGAACGACCUGGAUCUCGAGUUCCGACAUCUGCAUGACGAGCAGAAUGGAAGGGAGAUGUAUGCCUUGGUGAAUAGGAAGGGAGACGAGAUCGCGCAGCUAGCGACCGACUACACACCUACCGAAAUCGCGUACUUCAAAGCCAUUGUUGAGCAAAUUAUGCUCGCUCCUCACGAAUCAUUCUCCGUUUCAUCGCUGGCAGCAUUGCGCGAAGUGAAUUUUUUGAAGGCCAAUAUGACGAAGACACAAGCUGAAGUUGUCCUGGGAAGCUUCGUGGCCAAAGGGUGGCUCGUCAAAAGCCAACGGGGUCGAUACUCUUUGUCUACUCGUAGUCUGCUGGAGCUGCUACCGUACCUGAAAUCGACUUACCCCGACGAAGUCUUAGAAUGCACCAUCUGUCUAGAGAUCCUUACGAGGGGUAUCGCUUGCAACACUCGGAAUUGCAAAGUCCGGCUGCACGGACACUGCUUCAACAACUACAAGCGUGUGCACUCCACAUGUCCUUCCUGCAACGAGAGCUGGACAAGCGGGACCAAGAAGAUUGUCCCGGUGGGCGAAGGUGCAGUCAAAGAUGGCCAGGACUUCGCUCGGCGGGUGAGGAAGAAGCAGACCGAGGAGGCAAGUGACGAAGAGGAGGAUGAGGAUGCUGAGGGAUCCCACGAGCCCAGUCAAACGCAGGGCCCAUCUCAGGCACAAAGCCAAUCACAGAAGACCGCUGGAAAGAAAGGCAGGGCUAAAGCGACUGACGCUCCGGACAACUCCAUGGACGUAGAUGAGGAAGGACCACCCCGGAGAUCCCAGCGGAAGAGCCGACGGUGA